AUGACUGGGGGUCUAGUGAUGGCAGGUCUUGGAAUGGCUGCACUCGGAUUUGGUGCUCGUUAUGCAAUGCGAAAUCAAGCUGCCCUUAAAAAAGCCUUGGAGGCCAUUCCUGGAGGAGCUUUUGAAAAGUUUCACAGAGGUGGAUUCGAACAAAAAAUGAGCAGGAGUGAAGCUGCAAUGAUUCUUGGUGUUCCUGCUACAGCGAAACCAAAUAAGAUCAAGGAUGCUCACAAAAGAAUAAUGAUUAUCAACCAUCCAGAUAGAGGAGGUUCACCUUACUUAGCAGCCAAAAUAAAUGAAGCAAAAGAUCUAUUAGAAUCAGGGAAAAAUUAG